AAAAACUUAUAUAAAAAUAUGAUUCUAUUAAUAUUAUAAAUUAAUAAUUAUUAUAAUUUUGAUGGUCAACCAUUAACAAACAGAAAAAAAAGUAUUUUGGUCAACUUCAGCCUUCAGGAUGGCGUUCAACGAAAACCCUCCAGAUGAGGGAGAGGUUUCAAGCCGAUGGUCAAAAAGUCGCUUUCCUUAGCUUUUAUAAAACCGGGAUGCAGUCCACGUCGAGCAAAGUAAAACCGCACGUAGUUUGUUGGUACUGUGUGUAAACUACAAUGCUAGACAUCACAUCAUGCGAACUGUGACUGGUCAGGCAGGUCACGUGACUCUCAGGAGCCUUCUGCGCCGCAGAGAGCAUCGAAAUCUCGUGAUGGUGGUGUCGGCACGUGCUUCCCUUCACACGUUUAAUGAGUCCGCCUCAUCUUUCCUUCGUUUACGCACACACACACACGCCUAGUUCGUGCCAAGCCUUAGCUUCACACACACCUCUUUCUCCCAGACACGCUCGAGCGCUACACACGCGUGAAAGCUCGUCUUCCAAUUCACGCCGCACGCUCCUCCACGCGCCUUCUCCAUCUCACGGCCGGAUCCGCCCUUUUCACCCGCCGGAGAUCCACCGUCUUCUCCUCCUAUCUCCCUCUUGGUUUCGCUUGUCCCGAGGCCGGCAACAGGCGAGGAAAUUGUCGAUCGGUUCCUAUUCUUAGGGUAGUAUUGCCCGAAGAUUCUCCUAGAGGAGACCAUUUUCGAGAAGAGGCUUGUGAUUGUUGAGUGAAUUGCGCUUAGAUGAUCUGAUAAGGGCAUGACUCAAAGCUUAAGCAGCACAGUGAGCACACUGAGAUAUAUAAGAUGAGUUUCGUUUGAUACUGUGAUUUCUCCCAAUAUUCUGGCCAAUUGCAAGCAACAAGGAAGAUAAAAACCAUAGAAUAUUUUGGUUGCAUUUGUCAGAAGACGUACACGUGGAGUAUUAAAACCAGAGAAGUAAAAAAGAUGGAACUUUUCACCAAAAGGCAUAACCUUUGUUGAGCAGCAGAGUUUUGAAGUUAUAAAGGUAAUGUCAACGGAUAUGCAAAAACUGCUCGGAACAAGUGAAGAGGAUGAUGACGAAGAAAUGGAUACGGAUGUGAAGGAAGAAGAUGAUGGAAGGCAGCGGAACAGGGGAACGCGCGCAGGUUCAGGGAGUAGUAAUGACGACUUCAUGUUUCAGCAGUCGAUGCAGGAUCAAGUGGGCACUCCUGGGGGAAGCCGGAGAAGCAGACCUGUUGAAGAGAAGGAGCGAACAAAGCUGAGAGAGCGGCAUCGGAGAGCUAUCACUGCAAGGAUCCUGGGCGGUUUACGAAGGCAUGGCAAUUAUAACCUGAGGGUCAGAGCUGAUAUCAACGAUGUUAUUGCGGCUUUAGCCAGAGAAGCUGGGUGGGUUGUUCUUCCUGAUGGAACUACUUUCCCAUCCAAAUCUCAGGGGACGACAAAGCCUCCUGGUGGUUCUUGUGCGGUCGCUGCAGGUUCAUCAGCUUCUCACAUGGCAUCACAGCAAUCCUCACCUCCGGCUAUUAGAGGAGGAGUGUCAUCUGGGCAUAGAAGCCCAACGGAGCUCAACUCUUGCCGUAUGAAAGGUGUUUUCACACCCGCUCCAUCGCCAUAUGAUUUGCACCAAACUCAAUCUCCAGAACUGCUUUGCAGUGCAACUGCAAACAAGGCUGAUGGGCUUGUUCGUGGUUCAGUCGGUGUUAUCAACUCUAAACAGAUUCUCGAGAUUCCUCCGAAUAUGACCGAGCAAGAUUUCUCUGGUACUCCUUAUGUUCCGGUUUACGUAAUGCUACCACUUGGGGUUAUCAAUAUGAAGUGUGAAUUGGCUGAUCGAGACGGACUGUUAAAACACUUGAGGAUAUUGAAGUCAAUCCAUGUAGAUGGAGUUAAAGUUGAUUGCUGGUGGGGAAUAGCUGAGGGUCAUUCCCCUCAGGAGUAUAAUUGGAAUGGUUAUAGGCAGCUUUUUCAGAUUGUCCGUGAUCUUAAUCUUAAGUUACAGGUUCUAAUGUCAUUUCACGAAUGUGGAGGCAAUGUUGGUGAUGAUGUUUGCAUUCCACUUCCUCAUUGGGUUGCAGAGAUAGGACGAACCAAUCCUGACAUAUAUUUCACUGAUAGAGAAGGAAGACGAAACCCUGAAUGCCUCUCUUGGGGUAUUGACAAGGAACGUGUUUUAAGAGGCCGAACUGCACUUGAGGUCUACUUUGAUUACAUGAGAAGUUUUCGGAUAGAACUUGCGGAGUUUCUAGAGGAUGGUGUAAUAUCUAUGGUUGAAAUCGGACUAGGCCCCUGUGGAGAGCUACGUUAUCCUUCAUGUCCCAUAAAGCAUGGGUGGCGAUAUCCAGGCGUUGGAGAGUUUCAGUGCUACGACAAGUAUCUCUCGAAGAGCCUGAGAAAGGCAGCGGAAUCAAGAGGGCACCUGUUUUGGGCUCGAGGCCCAGACAACACGGGCUCCUACAAUUCCCAACCGCAGGGAACUGGUUUCUUCUGUGAUGGAGGUGACUACGAUGGCCUCUACGGGAGAUUCUUUCUCAAAUGGUAUUCACAGGUUCUAAUAGAUCACGCUGACCGAAUCCUCUCUUUGGCUAAACUAGUCUUCGACAGUACCUGCAUCUCCGCAAAGCUCCCAGACGUACACUGGUGGUACAGAACAGCAAGCCAUGCCGCUGAGCUCACCGCUGGAUUCUACAACCCGAGCAACCGAGAUGGUUACGUUGCGAUCGCAUCUACACUGAAGAAGCAUGGUGCCACUCUGAGUCUUGUAUCCGGAGAAGUGCAAGUUCUAAACCGUCCCGAUGAUUUCUCAGGAGCAUUAGGAGAACCUGAGGCAGUAGCUUGGCAGGUGUUAAACGCUGCGUGGGACACAGAUACACCGAUAGCUCGAGAGAACUCGCUUCCUUGCCAUGAUAGAGUUGCGUAUAACAAAAUGUUGGAAAGCAUUAAGUUUCCUAACGAUCCAGAUAGAAGGCGUUUGUCAUCGUUUGCCUAUAGUAGGCUCAUCCCAGCUCUCAUGGAAGGACAUAACAUUCUCGAAUUCGAGCGCUUUGUCAAAAAAUUGCAUGGGGAAGCUGUAAUGGAUCAUCAUCAUCAUCAUCAACAGGUUUAGAGUUUAGUUUGUCCCACCAGAAAAAAAAUAUCAGCUAAAAUUAUUCACUGAUAAUGUUGUUAAUUCUAAUAGUUUAGUAUAUUUUCUGUAUAUUCUAUCAUUAGACAAUUGAAGAGAGAGAGAGAGAGAGAGAGAGAGAGAGAGAUUACUAAAAGCCUCAUGUGGCUUUGGCUAAACCGUCCGAUCUUUUGUUAGCCAUAAUACUGUACUUAUUAAUCCUUCAUUUUCUAUCUUCCACAAUUGAGAGAUUAUCAUCACUACUUAACGAUGGACGUAAGUAUUUCAUUACUUGGUUUGUAGGCUAUUGUGGUUUAUUCUGUUUGGGAAAAUUACUGUCGAACUUGAAUUAUUCGGUUUGAAUUUUAAUAAUGACUACAACACCGCCUUGAAAGCAGAAACUGCAUAUGUACAAAGUACAACACACAACAACAAGGUAAAGUUUCCCUAACCAAAGUCUUAUUACUUCUACGUGUUAUACAGUCACUACUUAAUAGCAAAAUCUAAGUUAGCCAUCACAUAUGACAACGCAAGAGUAUAUAUCGUCAUUCAUUGAUUCAAGAUUUAGGCCAACCAUUUGAUGAGUGCUUAAUUUCACGGAUCCUCUUCUUUGCGAUGAUCCGGUUGCGUAUGACCUUCUCGGAUUCAACAGCUUCAUCAAUGUUACUAAGCACCAUAUCACACAGCUCGUCUAAAGCCAGCAUUGAAAAUGGCUCCUCUAUAAGAACACCCACCUGUAGAGUGCAGAAGAGAGAUGCAGCGCUGAUGAAAGUAGCAGGAACUACAUUCCAGUGACAAUCAUCCCAGAGAAUGAUAGGGAGUGUAAGAUGCCACAAGACCAAGAACCUUGACGUUAGUCGUGUGUAGGAAAGUGGAAUCGGGAUACCCAUUAGUUGCUCACACACACCAAUCCCUUCUUGUAACUGCAGCAUCUUUGAUUCCUAUCUAUCUUUGUGUUGUCCAGAUUCAGCAACUGAAGGCUUUGGGAGAUGAAUUGGAGGAGACAACGUGGACGAUGCUUUGAUUGAAGGAUCAAAGACAGAUCAUCUGCUUCAAUCACAUUCCCGAGAUCACUAGCCAUAUCUGAACCAUAAAUCACAUGACACUACACCGCCACAGGGAAAGCAGCAAUGUAACGCAAAAGCGUGUCUCUGAUUAUCAAUUCGUCACUAUGGACGGAAGAAAUGACUUGCCUAGCUAAAUCAUUGGUUCCAGUGAUGAUUUUAACCCAUGCUUUCCUUCCUUGUUCAAAUCUCGAAUAAGAAGCCUCCGUGCGAAACACCAGAAGCAGGGCUAGGGCCGGAGCCGUCAGCUGAUAGGGAAGAGGAGAAGCUCGAAGGACGGGGAAGAAAUUGGGUAACCAGUCCAUAACCACGGCGGAGUUGUAGGCGGCGACCAGUAUCGCCACGGUGGUGAAGAAGGAAACAGGGGGGAUCAGAGACAAUAUAACGCGUGACGACGUGCUCGAGGAUACGUGACGGAGAUGGCGGAGUGAGCUUCUGUGUCUGACCCAGUUUUCGUGAGUGUAGAGAGAGCGUUUCUGCUGCAUCCGUCUCUCCUUGAUGCCGUCCGACCAGUUCGGAACAGCUUUGAGGAGGGAAAUGAGCUUUGAGGAUAGGUUUAUCCGAGGCGAAUCGUCGGAGUUUGGGCCGGAGGAGACGCAGGAAGGACUCAGACGGAGGGAUCUGCGAGCUCUGGCGGAGAUCCCGGGGCAUAAUCGUGGUUCGACGAUGGACCGGUGGGUAAAGUUAGAAGAAAAAGAUAGGUUCAUGGACUGAUACAUUUGGCGGGAAAAUCGAGGUUUAGGAUUAGGGCUUUGGUGGAGACGACGAUGAAGAAGAUGAAGAAGAAGAAGAAGAUCGAGAAGACAAAAAGACACAUGCAAAUUUGCAGAGUGAAAAGUGAGAGAGAGAAUUGAGUUGGAGGAAGGUCG